AUGCUAUUAAAUAGUUAUAUUAGAAAUUUUAAAAAGUUAAAUAUUCAAAAUCAAAAGCAAUGGUUUGGUUUAAGAAAUUAUUGUGCAACUACAAAGAAUGAAAAUGUUAUCGACAUUUUAAAAGCAAGAGGAUUUAUUCAUCAAAUGACAGAAACUGAUGAUGUAAUGAGAUCAAUAACUGAAAAGAAGAAAAUUACAUUUUAUACAGGUUUCGAUCCAACAGCAGAUAGUUUACAUAUUGGAAAUUUAUUGACAUUGAUGGUAAUGUCACAUUUAAAGAAGCAUGGUCACAACCCAAUAGCAAUUGUAGGUGGAGCAACAGCAUUAAUUGGUGAUCCAAGUGGUAAGUCAACAGAUAGACCAGUUUUAAGUGAGGAUUUUAUAGAGAAUAAUUUAGUAUACCUCAGAGAGAACAUUAGAACCAUUUUGGGCGAAGAUACAACAAUUCUCAACAAUAUAGAUUGGAAUAAAAACCUUAGCAUCAUCAAUUUCCUUAGAGAUAUAGGCACAUAUUUUAGAGUUGGCACAAUGAUUAAAAAAGAUUUCAUUCAAAAUAGAUUAAACUCUGAAAACGACGAUAGUGGCAUCAGCUACACAGAGUUUACAUAUUCAUUACUUCAAGCCAAUGACUUUGCACAUCUUUACCAUAACAAUAAAUGCGAGUUACAAAUCGGUGGUUCUGAUCAAUGGGGUAAUAUAGUUUCAGGUAUCGAUCUUAUCAGAAAGAGAUACAAGGGUCAAGGUAUGGGUUUAACCAUCCCAUUACUCACCAAUAGCGAGGGUCAAAAGCUUGGCAAAAGUGAAGGCAACUCCAUCUGGUUAUCACCCCACAAGACCUCUUCUUACAUGUUCUACCAAUAUUGGAUCCAAAUAGCCGAUGCUGAUGUAGAGAAACUUCUAAAACUUUUCACAUAUCUCCCACUAAACGAAAUAUCAGAAAUUGUAUCACAACACAACCAAAACCCACACCUUAGAACAGCACAAAAGAAACUAUCUGAAGAAGUCACCCGUUUAGUUCACGGUCAAAAAGGAUUAGAGGAAGCAUUAUUAACCACCGAAAUCCUUUUCGGUAAAUACUCUGAUGCUCUUUCAAAUCUCGACGAAAAUAACAAUUGCAUUAUCGAAGGUAAAAGCGUUGGUGACCUCUUAUCAAAAGCAAACUACAUCUCUUUAAGCAAGUCUAAAUACCUCAAUCAAAAAAUAGUUAACAUUCUCUCUGAAGUAUCGGGUAUAUCCUCAACACAAGCAAGAAAGCUAUUCACAGAUAAGGUUGUUUUCAUGAACAGCAAAUUAAUCAAUGACCCAAAAAUAACCUUAGCUGAAAAUCAAUUAAUUUCAAAUCAUUUCAUUUUGUUAAAGUCUGGUAAAAAGAAUUUCCAUUUAAUAAAAUUCGAAUAA